AUGGUCCACCAGUACAAAACCAACGACGUUACUCAUUGUUUAGCCAGCCAGCGCAUUGUUUUUGCUGGAGACUCGAUCACGCGUCAGCUAUACUACUCGUUUGCACACGCUGCGGAUCCGUCAUUGCCAAACCGUGCCCCGAGUGAUGGCGCAAAGCACAAGGAUGCUACCCUACGAACCAAGGGUGGAACCGAAUUGCUAUUCUAUUGGGAUCCCUUUCUUAACGGUACAAACUCCCUGGAUUUACUCCAAUCGAGCAACAGAUUAGGAAGGCCAGCACUUGCAGUCUUUGGGUCCGGUCUUUGGUAUCUACGUCACCGCGACUCUGGUGGAAUUGCUGCUUGGGAAGCUAUGAUCGAUAAAACCUAUUCCAUCAUAUCCCAGAAUGCCGAUAACAUUGCAGACCAGAUUAUUUGGCUACCCGUGGAGAACCCAGUGUCCUCGAAAUUAUCUUCUGAGAGAUCAGCGACUAUCCACCCAGCGGACGUCGAGGCUAUGAAUUCAGACUUGGUUCACCGAGUGACUCCGCCUCCACCAUCGUUUUCAUUCACGUCGAUUGCAUUUAACCUCAUGCUUGACGAUUCGCAAACCAAAGACGGUCUCCACUUUUCCGAUCCUAUUCUCAAGGCGCAAGCAAAUUUGUUGCUGAACUUACGAUGCAAUGAUCUACUCCCGAAACGGUUCCCGUUAGACAAAACAUGCUGCAGUAGUUACCCAAGGCCUCCAUUUUUGGAGCUGCUAGUUCUCUUCGUAUUGUUAGCAUGGGGCCCCUUGGCUCGGCUCGUUGCGAAGCAUAAUGCUUCAGGAACAGUAGCUGCCUUUUUCCCAGCUGAAGACAUUGUUAUGCCCAUGUUCAUUUUCGGUGUUGCAUGUUCGCUGCUAUUCUUUGCUGAUCGCACUGGUAUAUGGCUCAAAGAGCAUAAACAAUUCGAUCCGUGGGCUUUUGGUGGACUUUCAGCCCUUGCGCUAGUUACUGGACUCGCCACUAUGAAACGCGCCGACAAAGAUCUUGGAUUUCUCAACCGUGAACAAACAGACGAAUGGAAAGGAUGGAUGCAACUCGCUAUCUUGAUUUAUCAUUAUUUUGGAGCAUCUAAAAUAUCGGGAAUUUACAAUCCAAUUCGGGUGCUCGUUGCCGCCUAUCUUUUCAUGACUGGUUACGGGCAUACCACGUUCUAUCUCAAAAAGGCAGACUUUGGAUUUUCACGCGUUGCUCAGAUUCUAGUGCGUCUGAACCUUCUAACGAUCGCGCUCGCCUAUGCUAUGAACACCGAUUACAUUAGUUAUUACUUUGCACCGCUGGUUUCCUGGUGGUACCUAAUAAUAUACUUCACGCUAUUUGUUGGCGCGAAGUACAAUGAUCGGACAGCCUUUGUUCUGGCUAAGAUAACCGUUUCGAUGGCACUGCAUACAUGGUUCAUGCAUGAAUCAUGGAUUCUGAAGGAGCUAUUUGAGAUACUGGAGGGCACAUUCCAGAUUGAAUGGGUGGCUCGUGAAUGGAACUUCCGUGUUACUCUGGACCAGUUUAUUGUCUACGUAGGGAUGCUUACCGCCAUCGCCUUCCUCAAGAUUCGCGAGAUCCGACUGACUGAUCAUCCAAGUUGGCCCUUGGCCUCACGCUGUGCUAUUGGAGCCUCUGUAUUCAGUCUCUUCUGGUUCUUCUGGUUCGAGCUUACUCGUACGGAUAAAUUUGCCUACAAUGCCUGGCAUCCUUACGUCUCGGCUAUCCCGGUACUCGCAUUCGUGAUUUUGCGCAACGCAAACACCGCCCUCAGGUCUUCUUCCUCGAGAGUCUUUGCUUUCAUAGGGACUUGUUCCCUAGAGACUUUUAUUAUGCAAUACCACUUUUGGCUGGCCGGAGACACCAAAGGCGUUUUACUUGUCAUUCCUGGCACAGCAUGGCGGCCGCUGAAUAUGGUGAUAACCACUGUCAUGUUCAUUUGGCUUAGCCAUAAAGUUGCCGAAGCCACUGGGGUACUGACGGCGUGGAUCUGUGGCACACGGAAGAAGACACUGCCUACGUCUAAUCCACCUGCAGCGAACAAUGCUCAGCCUGAGUCUAUUCCGCUCACUUCGGAUAUUGGGGAUCAGGUGGCGUCAGGUGUGGAUCAGCCGAGGUCUGACGUAGACACCGAGCGGGGGAGCGGGCGCACGCCAGGUCGUUGGUUGGACAGGCUUGCUGAUGGGCCUGCCGGUCCAACCAAAUCCAACUUUGGUAAUGCGAUACAACAAUAUAUUCGGGGAUUACCAGGGAAAUUAGCUGCUUGUAUGCUUGUGCUUUGGGCAUUGAACCUUGCAUGGCCGACAAAGCCAUAA